AGGUGGGUGGAGCUCAGUAGCUGGCAAAAGAGAGAGAAAAAGUUGGCGAGUGUUUCUUUCUUGUAAACAAUUGAAACAAGCAGAAUGGGAAACGGAGUCUCCUCUCAGCAUAUCAGCAAAAAGAUUUAUUUAGAAGUUGCAGGAAAGAACUUAUCUGUUUCUUUCAGUGGAGGCUGCAGCAGUCAAGAAUUGAAGGAAUUGAUUGCCACUGGAGCUGGUUUUAACAGAUGGUCUGAUUUUACUCUUGAGGAUCACACUGGGUCUCUAGUCCCAGUGUCUCUAUCAAUAGCUCCUAACACCCCCAGGACACCAUACAGAGUUCAAAGGAUAUCUUCUGCUACUAAUGGUAGCACUUCAGACAGAGAAAUAGUGAAUGAAGUCCUGAGCAGAGUCAGUGAAGAGAUAUCAAGGGCAUUCAAGUCACAGGAUUUCUUGCAUGAUUUUUCAUCAAGACUGGAAUCACUUGAGAAAAGAAUGGAAGCUCUCAAAUAUGCAGAAACUAUUCCUUCAAGAGGUGACCUUGAAAAUUAUCAUCAAGAAAUGAGUGAAUUUCAAACUCAUCACGUUGGAGUCCCCUCUAUUGUUUUAAAGUAUGGAGGGAAAGAUACUGACAGUUUAGCUCCAGUGACCUACCCUAAGAUCAACCUUUCAGAUCAAGCACUGGAGUCACUCAAAAGACCCUCCGCUAAUAUUUGGGACUGGGAACCUUCUGAGAUGCUUUGCCUCAUAGAGCACAUGUUUCAUGAGCUGGACCUGCUCAGAGCUAUCAAUACUGAUGAACAAACGCUCCAGCAAUGGCUGUUAGCAGUUCAGCACAAAUACAGGAACAAUCCAUUUCAUAAUUUCCGUCACUGCUUCUGUGUAACACAAAUGAUGUAUGGAAUGAUACAUUUACUGAAGCUUCAAGACGUAUUUGAUAGCCUGGACCUUGUCAUAUUACUAACUUCAUGCAUAUGCCAUGAUAUUGACCACCCUGGGCUUAACAACAGUUAUCAGAUCAAUGCUCAUACUGAACUGGCCAUCAGAUAUAAUGACAUCUCUCCAUUGGAGAACCAUCACGCAGCUGUAACCUUCCAGCUCCUGGAGAGGUCAGAGUAUAACAUAUUCUCAAAUGUCAGCAAAGAAGACUUUAAAAGACUCCGAUCAGGAAUCAUUGAGCUGAUACUGGCUACUGAUAUGUCCAAGCAUUCUGAAAUAAUGACAUCCUUUAAAGGGAUACAACCAACACUUGACUAUAAUAACAAUAAUCAUAAGAAAAUUAUAAAACAAAUGCUAAUCAAGUCUUGUGAUAUAUCAAAUGAAGUUCGACCGACUAAAGUAGCAGAGCCUUGGGUCGACUGUCUACUGGAGGAGUAUUUCCGUCAAAGUGACAUUGAAAAAUCAACCGGACUGCCUGUAACUCCUUUUAUGGACAGAGACAAAGUAACGAAACCCUCAGCUCAGAUUGGGUUUAUAAAAUUCGUACUGAUUCCAAUGUUUGAAACUAUGGUGAUGGUGUUUCCUCAGUUGGAGGAUCCUGUAUUGAAGCCAUUGAAGGAGUCUCUUGAACAUUAUGAGCACCUCAAACUGUUGGAAGAUGCCAAAUUGGAGCAAUGAAACUUCAUUCAUCUCGAAUCAAAGCGUCCAGCUAUUUUAUUUAUUUUGUGUUAAUGUAUUUUCACACAUUUUUGUGCUUGUCAUAACAGCUGAGAUAAUAA